GCAGGUCGCGACGUCCCUGUCAAGUCCAGGACUAAGCCGGGGUCUGCAGGCAGGAGCCGGGAGUACCGACGCCGAGCUUUCACCGCUUUAGGACUUCAACUUCUAACUCAUUCCCUACUUUUAUUUUUUUUAUUUAUUAUUUUUUUUUGCUCUCCGAAAGGCGACAAGUGGCACUUUUGGGACACGGAGAGGGAAAAAGGAUUUGUGGAGCGUAUUAGAAGCGGCUGAGGCUUUCAGUUUCCCGAGUCCCUUUGCUCACCUUGUACCAUGGCUUCUACCACCUGCACCAGGUUCACUGAUGAGUACCAGCUGUACGAGGAGCUGGGGAAGGGUGCUUUCUCUGUGGUGAGGAGGUGCAUGAAGAUCUCCACAGGGCAGGAGUACGCUGCAAAAAUAAUCAAUACCAAGAAACUGUCUGCCAGGGAUCACCAGAAGUUGGAGCGAGAGGCCAGGAUCUGCCGCCUGCUAAAGCAUCCCAACAUUGUGCGCCUCCAUGACAGCAUAUCAGAGGAAGGAUUCCACUAUCUGGUCUUUGACUUAGUUACCGGUGGUGAGCUGUUUGAGGACAUUGUUGCCAGGGAGUACUACAGUGAAGCUGAUGCCAGUCAUUGCAUUCAGCAGAUCCUAGAAGCUGUGCUCCACUGCCACCAGAUGGGUGUGGUCCACCGCGACCUCAAGCCGGAGAAUUUGCUCCUAGCCAGCAAGUUGAAGGGGGCGGCGGUUAAACUGGCAGAUUUUGGCCUGGCCAUUGAAGUACAGGGAGACCAGCAGGCAUGGUUCGGUUUUGCCGGGACACCAGGCUACCUGUCUCCAGAGGUGCUGAGGAAAGAUCCCUAUGGCAAGCCUGUUGACAUGUGGGCCUGUGGUGUGAUCCUCUACAUUCUCCUGGUGGGAUAUCCUCCAUUCUGGGACGAGGACCAGCACAGACUUUACCAGCAGAUUAAAGCCGGAGCUUAUGAUUUCCCUUCUCCAGAGUGGGACACAGUGACUCCAGAGGCCAAAGACCUAAUCAACAAGAUGCUGACCAUCAACCCAGCCAAGAGGGUCACUGCCACAGAUGCUCUCAAACACCCCUGGAUCUGCCAACGCUCCACUGUGGCAUCCAUGAUGCACAGACAGGAGACCGUGGAGUGCCUCAAGAAAUUCAACGCUAGAAGGAAACUCAAGGGUGCUAUUCUGACGACUAUGCUUGCCACUCGCAACUUCUCAGCAGCCAAGAGCCUGCUGAACAAAAAACCGGAUGGUGUCAAAGAGUCCAGUGAGAGUGCCAACACUACCAUCGAGGACGAGGACGUGAGAGGUAGGGAGGUUCAGACUAACUAACACAACCUCCUGUUAGCAGGACGACUCCCACACACCUUAUUAAAACUCUGUCUUCCAGACUUUUUAAACAAGUGCUACCUUUGAAAUUUUGACAUCACACCUUUAUUUUUCCUCUGUGGGCUCACAUUGCUAAUAGGUUUGUGCUAACCAUGUUUCUCACAGGAAAUGUUUCUGACUGAACCCUUUUACAGCUUGUGUGUGUUGCAUGAAUUUGUUGUCUCUAAGUUUUGUCAUGUUUCAUUUCUCUUGGUCUAUAUUUCUUCAUUUUGCAUGUAAUAGCUGUUCUAAUACCAUGUACUGGAACCACCUACAAGUGGGCCCCUGGGUGACAGAUACUCAUUGACCA